AUGGCGAGGGGAGGAUGGCGGCGCCCUGUUGGGUGUUGCGGUGCUGCUCGUGCCGCCGCUUCCAGGCGCAGCAGGCCAAGCGGAGCCGGAAGUGGAGCUGCUGCGUGUGCGGACAGCGGCAGGCCCUGCAGAAGGUCUACGGGCAGGGCUCCGGCCGGGACUGCAGGCUGCACGUCCAGAAGCUGAACUUGCUGCAGGGUGAGGCAGAGGAGGCUGCUGCCCGCACGGCUCGGCACAGAGAAGAAUGUGAAAACGACAACAGAAAUGCAGCAGUCCUUCAUGAGAACAGUUUGGUGCAGCAGGGGGGAAGGACAGAAGUCAGUCGCUGGAGUAAGUAUCUGGACAAGGGCAGUGAAGAUCAAGAGGAGGAGGAAGAGGAAGGAAGUACAGAAAGGCAACAGUUCUGUUCUCAGAGGAAGAAUGCUGUGGAAGAACGAAGGAAAAAGCAGGAGAGUUUCCUCUACGGUGAUGUUCAGGAGAACUCGGAGGAAGAUGGCGCUUUCCAGUUUACCUAUCAAGCCAAAAAGCACAAGAAAUGUUCGACAGCAGUGCCUGAUGGAGAUGAUGGAGAUGCUGUUUCUGCAGACAGUGGUGUAGUGCUAACUGUCUUUGAGUCCACAGUGCCACAACAGAACAACCAACCCCCAGCUGCUUGUACCAAACCCUCCAAGUGGGAAAAGUAUCUCUCCUGUUCUAACAACUGUAGUGAAAAUGCUGUUAUGGCCACCUUGUCACCACAGGAUGGCAGUGGAAGGUUGGGACCACACCGCACCACUGCUGUAAGUAAGGCCACUACACAUUUGGAACAGGUUCAAAGUGCUCUACCUCUAGGUACAGAUUUUAAAUCUAAGAAGUGUGUAGCUAGCACCGAGCAACUUGCCUUAAAACUGCCUGGCAGCAUGCAGCCCAGCAUCAGUUGCUCAGGUGAGAAUGAUGCAUUGGCCAAAGAAGCUCCAAGUCAGGUGCUAUGGGCUGGAGCUGGUGACUGCAGCACUGGUAGCAGACCUCCUGCACCCAGCCUUGCGAGGCCCACGCCUCACACCACUUCUUGUGAACGCCUCUUCUGCACAGGUGAUGACUUCAAUGAUGAUUUCUGAGAAACUUGGGCAUCUUCACCAUUGCUUUUCUGUCUGUCUGUUGUGUGGUUGGCUUGUAUCUUGUUGCAAGAUUUUGAAGUGAAGGUAUGUUUAAGAGCACUAUUAAAGAAGUUGCUUAAAGGCUAUCUAGCUGUGUUCUGUUGGGAAAGACUGAUCCAAGAAGUGCUGCAUUUGCACAGUGGUGUCUAGCAAGCGUAUCAGAAGUGAGAAUGGAAGGAGGGAGGGAGCAGAGGUGCAUCCAAGGCUUUAAGGAUAUCUGACUGGUACAGUUAAGUUCUGUGAUUAAUUCCCCACUGUAAACUGCAGCUCUUUUUCCUUGUUCUAGCUCUUUUUUUACAUCACCCAUAGCAACUCUUUCUUCCAAAGCUACUGUGCAGGCUUCAGAGCCAAGCAUUUGAUUUCUCUUCACAAAUGAACAGCCCUAAGGGUCUGCUCAAAGCCCAAGUUAUGGGCAAGAAGCAGACUGCCACAGUGCAGAGUCUGUUAUACUGGGAGUCACCUGACAUGGAAAUCAUGUGCUCUUGGCCUGGACCUUCUAUCUU